AUGAGAAAGCAAUCUUGUGUGCCAGCUUCUUUGAAAAUAUCAUACGAAAAUCUUAUCAAAGCGACAAAUGGGUUCUCUUUAACUAACUUGAUUGGUACAGAAAGCUUUGGUUUAGUAUACAAAGGAAUUCUCCAUCGAAAUGAAAUGGCUAUCCCAGUGAAGGUACUUGACCAACAAAACACAGGAGCUUCAAAGAGUUUUGUGGCUAAAUGCAAAACUCUUAGAAACAUCAGGCAUCAAAACCUCGUCAAGAUUAUCAGUGUUUGUGCAAGUGUUGAUUUCCAAGGUAAUGACUUCAAAGCCCUAAUAUAUGAGUUCAUGGAAAAUGGGAGUCUUGAAAGUUGGUUGCAUCCAGUUCCACAAGCAAGUGGUGGUGGUGCCCAUGAGCAGCCGAAAAGUUUAAGCCUCUUUCAGCGAUUAGGCAUAGCCAUUGAUGUGGUUUAUGCUUUGGAUUAUCUUCACAACCAUUGUCGCAUCCCAGUCAUACAUUGUGUUAUAAAGCCAAGCAACAUUCUUCUCAAUAAUGACAUGACUGCCCACGUCGGUGAUUUUGGUUUAGCGAGGCUCCUACAACAGCGCAACAAUGAAAUUUCUUAG